AUGGAUGCAGAGAACGAGUACGAAAGAAAGAAAGUUCGUGAUGCAAUUCAAACGAUAGAGACUAUUCAGUCCAUGAUCGACGUUUCAGCUGAUAGACUCGAGGGCCUGAGGACACAAUGCUCGACAAGUGCCGAGCUGACGCAGCAAGAGAUCCGGACCCUGGAGGGUAAACUAGUGAAGCACUUCUCCCAGCAGCUGGUGAUCAAGGCCAGCUUCCGCGAGGAGUUGAGACGGGAGCUUGUCGAUGUGCCCUGCCUCGCGCAAUGGCUCAGAGUGGUGGGGCUCUCUCCCGACUCCAUUGAGGCUGUCGUGUCCCGUAUAGCAUCACUGGAGUCCCUUCGGGAAAGGUCUGACCACGAGAUGCGAGCGCUACUGGCCGGCGCACGAGAUGAGGAGGUGCUGCGGCUGUGUCGAGCGAUGCACCGCCUUCGGACUUAUAUCGAGGCGCUGGGCCGAGGCGAGGGUAAUGCUGAGCUGCAACUGUUCUGGGACUCCUGGGAACGACACGUCCGGGCCUCUCCCCGGGCGCCCAGAGCAAGGCACAAUAACGACCAUCAUAACACCAAUUCUAAGAAAGUAGCAGGUGGCAAGUCCCCCCCAACCCCAGUGUGCAAGCGCAAGCAGAACUCGACCCUACCUCCCCCCGCCGCCCUCACCAAGUCCCGCUCACACGAGUCUCAGCUCUCGGUGAGACCAGACGCUUCUGACCUCAGCGAUAAUAGCCAAUCCUCCGCAGUGGGUACUGCCGAUGGUACACCUCCUGCCUCACCUCACGACACCGAGCCCGAAACCACUCCCUCACAUCGACCACCAGCCUAUUAUAAUAAUAAUGUCGCAGUGGGCGGUGGGGGGGCGCCGCGCUCUCCGCGCACGCCCACGGUGAGCCGGUGCAUGGCGCACGACAUCGCUCACCGCUUCACCAAGAAGUUCAACAUGAUCGCCACCUGCGACUUCUGUGAUAAGCAAAUGCUAUUCGGCUCUGGACUUAAAUGCAAGGAAUGCAAGUUUAAGUGUCACAGAGACUGCGAAAGCAAAGUACCCCCUUCGUGUGGUCUUCCUCCGGAAUUUGUAGACGCUUUCAAAGAGAAGAUCCACAAAGACGGCUACUACGGGUACGUGUCGCCGGUGCCGGGGCGCGGCGCGGGGCUGCUGUCGCUGUCGCACCGCCGCAGGCACCACCCGCCGCCGCCCGCGCACCACGCCCAAUGCCCUGACUCAUCAUCGAAUACCUCGUCGUGCAAUAGUUCGACGCCCUCGUCGCCUGCGCUGGCGCCGCCCAUCACCCCUCACCACCAGCACCACAUCCAUCAUCCACCCACCACUAAGCAACAAUUCCACUUUCCUGAAUUGAAGCCAAUAGUAUCUAGUCCAAAUCACACAAUAGGCACCCACAUACAUGUGCAGUCUCCUGCGAGACAACACGAACAUAAAGAAGAAUUCAACGCUAGCGUAAGAAGUGGCGAGUCGCUGUCGGGCUCCGGUUCGACAGACAGCGGCGGGUGUCAGCGCGGGGACUCGCUCGACCUCUCCAACAAAGGCGACUCGCGCUGGCCCAGACAGAACAGCCUGUCGAUGAAAGAAUGGGACAUCCCGUACGACGAGCUGCGCCUGUUCGAGGUGAUCGGCACGGGGCGGUUCGGCACGGUGUACCGCGGCAGCUGGCACGGCGCCGUCGCGGUCAAGGUGCUGCACGUGCACUCGCUCAGCGACGACUGCGUGCCGCUGGACACCUUCAAACACGAGGUGGCGACGUUCCGCAAGACGCGGCACGAGAACCUGGUGCUGUUCAUGGGCGCGUGCAUGAAGCCGCCGCGCCUCGCCAUCGUCACGUCGCUGUGCAAGGGCAUGACGCUCUACACGCACAUCCACCUGCGCAAGGACAAGUUCACCGCCAACAAGAGUGUUAUCGUUGCGCAACAAAUUUCACAGGGUAUGGGCUACUUGCACGCGCGCGGUAUCAUCCACAAGGACUUGAAAACGAAAAACAUAUUCUUGGAGAACGGGAAGGUUGUCAUCACUGACUUUGGACUGUUUAGCGUCACAAAACUUUGCUUCGGGAAUAAUCUCCGCGGCGACAGCCUGGGCAUCCCGGCGGGCUGGCUGUGCUACCUCGCGCCGGAGCUGUGCCGGGCGCUCACGCCACACGCCAGCCUCAUACUGCCCUUCUCUAAAGCCACCGAUGUCUAUGCAUUUGGCACGGUGUGGUACGAACUGCUGUGCGGCGAGUACCCGUUCAAGAGCCAGCCGCCGGAGGCUGUGAUCUGGCAAGUGGGCAAGGGCGUCAAGCAGUCGCUUGCCAGCAUGCAGGCGUCUAGAGACAUCAAGGACAUCCUGAUGCUGUGCUGGUCGUACCGCUCGCACGAGCGGCCCGACUUCCCGGCGCUGCUGAGCACGCUGCAGAAGCUGCCGCGCAAGCGCCUCGCGCGCUCUCCCUCGCACCCCGUGCACCUGUCUCGCUCCGCCGACUCCGUCUUCUGA